AUGCUUAGUGGGGAAUGGAGAAUAAGGAAAAAUGAUGAACUAGAGACACUCUUUCAUAAACCCAGUAUACUCGAAACAAUAAAGAACGGAAGAUUGCUUUGGGCUGGGCAUGCCUGGCGUAGUCAAAACCCACUCAUACGGAUGGUACUGGAGGAGAACCCUAAUGGAAAAAGACCGCUGGGAAGACCACGUCGGAGAUGGGAGGACGGAGUUAGGGAUGAUGUGAAAGCAUUAGGUGGAGGAGAAGAUUGGAGAUUACAGGCAUCGAAUAGAGAAAACUGGAGGCAAGGAUGUAUGUCGGGAUGGUCCUAG